GUGAAAUCAUUAAUGAAUGAAAUUUAAAACCAAUUGAAUUAAAGAAAUAAUAACCUUGAAACAAAAGGAUUCUCCUUAAAAGGAAAUACAUCCGGAGACACACAAGCGAGACGAUCCUUUGCUUUAUCAAGUACAGCAAGCACUGGAAGAUCCUUUGAGAAAGAUCCUUUUAAAAAUAAUUUAAAACAAGUACGAUCAGCAGGAAACAAAAAACAAGAACAAUGACUGGAUAACCCCCACUUAAAUAUAAGCAAAAAAAGAUAGGAAUAUUAUACAAAUCAACAGGAUAACAAACAGGAUCCUUUUGGAAAUUGCCAUCUUAAAAAGAGAAGAUUUCUUCCAAGGAUAUCAAGGAUUUUAGCUUAAAAACUCAGCAAGAGCGUGAUCUACAGGUGCAAGUGCAAGCAAAAACAGCCUCAAAAUCGGCGAUUUAAUAAUCCUGCACACUCCAUAUCCCUAUUACUCCAGUCCCGCAUCCUUGGAGCAACCGGAAAUGGUGUACUCGACGAACAUCCUGCUGGCCAUCGUCACGAUCCUGACGGCGGUGUUCAUAUGGUCACGUCGCACCUACGUCUAUUGGCAGCGUCGCCGCGUUAAGUUCGUCCAGCCGACGCACUUGCUCGGCAACCUGACCCGUGUCCUUCGCCUCGAGGAGUCCUUUGCCCUGCAGCUACGCCGCUUCUACUUCGAUGAGCGUUUCCGCAAUGAGCCCGUGGUGGGGAUUUACCUGUUCCAUCAACCGGCCUUGCUCAUCCGUGACCUGGAACUGGUGCGCACCGUACUCGUUGAGGACUUUGUUAGCUUCUCGAACAGGUUCGCCAAAUGUGAUGGUCGGAGCGACAAGAUGGGUGCCCUUUCUCUGUUCCUCGCCAAGCAGCCGGAGUGGCGAGAGAUACGAACCAGGUUGGCACCCGCCUUCGCUGGCGCUAAGCUCAAACAGAUGUUCUCGCUCAUGGAGGAGAUUGGCUGCGAUUUGGAGUGGUAUCUGAAGCGACUGACUCGUGAUCUUCGACGCGGAGAUGCCGAACGUGGAGCAAUUGUGAGCAUCAAGGAUGUCUGUGAUCUAUAUAACACGGAUAUGAUUGCCAGCAUUGCCUUUGGCCUGAGAUCAUAUAGUUUACGGAAUACACAAUCGGAGAUCGGUUCACAUUGUCAGGACUUAUUUCGACCGAAUAUGAGGAGGAUAAUCGAUUUGUUUGUGAUCUUUUACAUGCCCAAAUUGGUGCCUCUACUGAGGCCAAAACUUUUUACGGAACCGCAUGCGGAAUUCCUGCGCCGAGUGAUCCAGCUGGUGAUCGAGGAGAGGGAGCGCGGCGGUGAUCUGCGCAACGAUCUCAUCGAGAUGCUGCUGACCCUGAAGAAGGAGGCGGAUCUGCAGCAAGACAAGUCCCAUUUCACGCAUCAUCGCGACUUUUUGGCCGCCCAGGCGGCAUCCUUUGAGUUGGCCGGCAUUGAGACCUGUUCGUCCAGCAUGUCCUUUGCCCUCUACGAGCUGGCCAAGCAGCCACUGAUGCAGUCCCGUCUGCGUCGUGAGAUACGUGAGGCUUUCGGAGAAAAUCCCAAUGGAAAGUUGUCCUACGAAGUGAUUGCCCGUAUGCAAUUCCUGGAUAUGGUUGUGGAGGAGACACUACGCAAGUAUCCCAUAGUCCCGCUCCUGGAACGAGAGUGUACACCGAUCAACAAGAAGCGCUUCUAUUCCCUAAGGCCACAUGCCGAGUGCUAUGCCCGCCGGGGAAUGCCAGUUUUUAUAUCCAAUUUGGCCAUACAUCAUGAUCCCAAGUACUGGCCAGAUCCGGAACGUUUUGAUCCGGAACGCUUCAGUGCAGCGAACAAGGCUCUGCAUGCGCCCAUGUCAUACCUGCCCUUUGGUGCCGGUCCCCACAAUUGUAUUGGAAUGCAGAUUGGCCUGCUCCAGAUUAAGCUUGGCCUCAUCUACUUUCUGCAUCAGCAUCGUGUGGAGAUUUGCGAUAGGACUGUGGAGCGCAUACGCUUUGAUGCCAAGUUCGCGCUGCUGGCCAGCGAGCAACGCAUUUACCUCAAGGUCGACUGUUUAUAGCCAUCCAUCAAUCGCCAUCCGCCAACCAAUAUUCGAUAUUUGAUAUUCGGUAUUAGCAGCAUUAUUUUAUUAACCGGGAGCAGAGCCGACGACGCCGCCCCGCCAUCAUCGUCAUCGAUUUGUAAAUACUUUGGGCCUGCCUCAAAAUAAACUUUGCU